CAACAGAAAUGACUAACCGAGAAGAAGCUGAGAUACAAAUUUCGGAAUUAGAUUUACUCUCUAGCAUGUUUCCUUAUGAGGAAGAGUUCAUUGUGACUGACCAGCUGGCUGUAGCAGAACUAAAGUACUAUGUUGAAAAUGAGUCUGCAGAGAUGCCGUCUUCAAAAAUUCAGUUUAUGCUGAAUGUGAAGCCGGGGGUCUCUAAUCCCUCUAUGGUGGAAUUCUCUAUGGCCUGUGCCUUACCAUUUAAAUAUCCAACUGUUCUACCAGAAAUCACUGUGAGGUCAUCAUUAUUAAGCCGCUCUCAGCAGAUUCGCCUGAACUCUGAUCUAAAAACAUAUUUGAUGCAAAACUGCAGCGGUGAGCCCUGCAUGUUGAGCGCAAGGGAAUGGGUUAAAGACCAUGCAGCUGCUUAUGUUGACAAAGAGGUUUCGUCUUCCUCAGUGACAACAUCAGAUGCCAUGCAGUCAGAAGACCUCACAUUCACUCGAUUGUGGAUCUAUAGUCAUCACAUUUACAACAAGCAAAAAAGAAAGAAUAUUAUUGACUGGGCCAAGGAGCUAUCUCUGUCAGGGUUUUGUAUGCCAGGGAAACCAGGUGUUGUUUGUGUAGAAGGUCUACAAAGUAGUUGUGAAGAGUUCUGGUCAAGAGUAAGAAAAUUAACGUGGAAAAGAAUUGUCAUUCGACACAGAGAAGAUGUUUCUUUGGAAGGUGGAGGACAUGCCGAGAUUCAGAAACAAAGAAAGUUCUCCACUUUGGAAGAAAAAUAUUUUGAUGCACAUGGUGCCAGAGGAAAUCAUAUGGAUUUGGGGCAGCUAUAUCAGUUUUUAGAAGAAAAAGGAUGUGCUGACAUUUUUCAAAUGUACUUUGGGGUUGAAGGGCAUUGA